AUGGCGAUCCAGAAAAAGCACGGAAAAGGUCGUUUGGAUAAGUGGUAUCGACUUGCGAAGGAGAAGGGCUAUCGUGCCCGUGCUGCUUUCAAGUUGAUCCAGUUGAACAAGAAAUACGGAUUCUUGGAGAAGAGCAAAGUUCUUCUUGAUCUUUGUGCUGCGCCUGGUUCGUGGUGUCAAGUCGCUGCGGAAUGCAUGCCCGCGCAGAGUCUUAUUAUCGGUGUCGAUCUCGCCCCCAUCAAACCCAUUCCCCGAGCAAUUACCUUCCAGAGCGAUAUUACCACCGACAAGUGUCGCGCUACCAUUCGAGGUCACCUCAAGCACUGGAAGGCUGAUACGGUUCUUCACGACGGUGCACCCAAUGUCGGUACCGCCUGGGUCCAGGAUGCCUUCUCGCAAGCAGAGUUGGUGUUGGAGUCUCUAAAGUUGGCUACAGAGUUCUUGGCAGAGGGUGGAAACUUUGUCACAAAGGUCUUCCGUUCUAAGGAUUACAACCCUCUUCUGUGGGUGUUCAAGCAGCUCUUCACAUCUGUGGAGGCGACCAAGCCCCCUUCGUCGCGUAACGUCUCUGCAGAGAUUUUCGUCGUCUGCCGCGGAUAUAAGGCCCCCAAGCGCCUCGACCCGAAGUUCCUCGAUCCCAAGCAUGUCUUCGCCGAACUUUCAGCUCCCACACCCAACAACGAAGCAAAGGUUUUCAACCCGGAGGUGAAGAAGCGCAGACGUGAAGGUUACGAGGAGGGAGACUACACCCAAUUUAAGGAAAUCCCGGUUUCUGAAUUCAUCAAUACCACAGACCCCAUCGCCAUUCUGGGUUCCUACAACAAACUCAGCUUCGUUGAACCGCCUAGUGGAGACAUUGCUUUGUCCACUAUCAACCGACUUGAGGAGACUACAGAAGAAAUUAAAACUUGCAGCGAGGAUCUGAAGGUUCUUGGUAGGAAGGAGUUCCGCAACUUGUUGCGAUGGCGCCUGAAGGUUCGCGAGAAGUUUGGCCUUGUCGUGAAGAAGUCGGCUCAGGAGGAAGAGUCCGAGGAAGUUGCCGAGAUUGCCCCAAUGGACGAGGAAUUGGCUAUCCAAGAGCAGCUGCUGCGUAUGCGCGAAAAAGAAAGCACCCGUGACAAGAAGGAGCGCCGCAAGGAAAAUGAGAAGAAGCGAAAGGAGAUUGUUCGCAUGCAGAUGCACAUGACCACGCCUAUGGAUAUCGGCAUGGAGCAGCAUGGUCCCGGAGGUGACGACACCACAUUCUCUCUUAAGCGAGUGGAUCGGGCGGGUGCUCGUGAUGCGGUUGUCAAUGCCCGUGAUCUGGCACCUGAGAGCGACAGCGAGGACGAGUCGGAAUCCGAUUUGGAAGAUGACGAUGAUGAUGGCGAUCGUCUUGAGCGGGAACUCGACUCCAUGUACGAGCAUUACCAAGAGCGCAUGGAGGAUAGAGACUCAAAAUUGCGCGCAAAGAAGGCUCGCAAGGAGUACGAGUCUGAGGCCUGGGAUGGUUUCUCUGACGAGAACAAGAGCGAUAACGAGGCGGAAGAGGAAGAGGAAGAGGAAAAAGAAGAGGAGGAAACGGCCAAUGCACCCCCUCAGCCUGGCAACCUCUCGAACAACGCCGCUAUGUUCUUCGAUCAAGAUAUCUUCCAAGGAGUUGGCGACGAGGAAGAGGAGGAUGAAGAAGAAGAGGAGGAGGAGGAUAGUGACGUUGAGAUGGAAGAGGCCCCUGCUCCUGCGCCGAAGCAAAAGAAGAACAAGAAGAAGGAAAAGAAGGAGGAGACUGAGUGGGUUGACUCUGACGAAGAGCCCGAGGAGCAAGAUCCUCGCAAGCCCAACGGCCAGCUUGAUAUCGACAUCAUCACCGCAGAGGCCAUGGCUCUGGCUCAAUCGAUGGUCACUGGCGAGAAGAAGUCCUCCGACGUCGUCGACGAUGGCUUUAACCGCUACUCAUUCCGCGACGUGGACGGCAUGCCGGAUUGGUUCAUGGAUGACGAGGGUCAACACAGCAAGAUGCAGCGCCCGAUUACCAAGGCUGCCGCGGCUGCCAUCAAGGAGAAGCUCCGCGCUAUCAACGCCCGUCCGAUCAAGAAGGUGAUGGAAGCCAAGGGCCGUAAGAAGUUCAAGGCUGCACAGAAGCUGGAGAAGCUGCGCAAGAAGUCUGCUCUCCUGGCUGACGACGAGGCGCUCAGUGAGCGUGACAAGUCCCAGGCCAUCACCAAGCUUAUGAGCAAGGCCACCAAGAAGAGGCCCAAGCAGGAGGUCAAGCUGGUCGUUGCUCGUGGUGCCAACCGUGGUAUCUCUGGUCGUCCUAAGGGUGUCAAGGGCAAGUACAAGAUUGUCGAUUCGCGUAUGAAGAAGGAUAUCCGGGCACAAAAGAGACUGAAGAAGAAGAUGAAGGCGUAA